AACGAACGAACUCUCCAAUGGAGCAAAGUAAUGCGAGAUGGGAGUGGUUCCGUUAUGAGGUCACGGUGAGGGACUGAGCUAAACGCUCAGCAGCGAGCGCAAGCGGUAGACAUGAGACGGACGCGAUAGCUGGAAACAUUUAUUCACACAGCUGAAUGAAUCUCUGCUGGCAACAAAAAAAUAAUAGGACCGCAUUUCCUUCGACAGGGAACUACUGAAAAACAUCGCGCGUUGGCUUUAUAGACGCAGGACAGGCUUGCAUACGAAAGACUCCAAGGAAGAGGCGCGUGAGGAAAGUUUUCCUACGCGAAAACAAACUGGACGGAACAGUGCAGAAAUCGUGACGCAUAAGUCAUGCACUGGUUGUACAGCGUGGGAUAGUUCUUCUGGUGCCGUUCGUUUGAAGGGGAUGCCUUUUUGGUGGCUUUCUUCAACAAAAGUUUGACGCCAGGAACGCCGUAUUAUUCUGUUCGACAAGAAAACGCGUCUUUCUGAACGGAACAUUUCUCGCGCUCGUCCAGAGUCGCUGUUUUCUUCUGUUAUUUGUUGGUUUGGCUGGAGGAUCCGUUCCUCAUCGUGUAGUUUGGGGGACAGGGGGUGGGUUGGAUAUCUAUAUUUUUCACUUUUCCUUCAUGGCCUCCUCCAGGAUGUAUCUUCUUAUGAAAUGCAUGCUGAUUUUCCAACUUGUGGUGUUGAUCGCGAAGAACAGUCGGGCGCUCAUUUGUUUGCCCUGUGAUAAGUCCAAAUGCGAGGAGCCCAAGCACUGUAUGGGCUCCGUGGUGUUGGGGAUCUGCGGCUGCUGCUCGGUUUGUGCCAAGCAGAAGAACGAGAGCUGCGGCGGCGUUUACGGUCUGUACGGGACCUGCGACCGCGGACUCCGGUGCGUGAUCAGACCCCCGUUAAACGGCGGCUCCAUCACGCAGUACGAGGUUGGAGUUUGUGAAGAUGAAAACUGGGAUGACGACCAGCUCUUGGGCUUUGAGCCAUGCAAUGAAAACCUGGUUACGGGCUGUAACAUCAUUGAUGGGAAGUGUGAAUGUGACAGUGUACGAACAUGCAACAACCCAUUUGAGUUUGCUAGCCAGGAAGCCUGUCAGACAGCCCUGCAGAAGAUUGAAGAGGAAAGGCCGGACUGCUCCAAGGCGAGAUGUGAGGUGCAGUUUUCUCCACGCUGCCCUGAGGACUCCAUAUUGAUCGAGGGCUACGCUCCACCAGGUGAAUGUUGCCCCCUGCCCAGCCGCUGCGUGUGUAGCCCAGCUGGGUGUCUGAGGAAAGUUUGCCAGCCUGGGCACCUCAACAUCCUGGUAUCCAAGAGCUCAGGCAAACCUGGCGAGUGCUGUGAUCUCUACGAAUGCAAACCAGUGUUCAGUGUAGACUGCAGCACAGUAGAGUGUCCACCAGUGAAGCCUGUCCAGUGUCCGGCAGACAGCUAUGAGACACAGGUCAGACUGACAGCAGAUGGCUGCUGCACCCUUCCUACCAGAUGUGAGUGUUUGCCUGGCCUCUGCACCUUCACACAGUGCUCAGCGGGGACUUCCCCACAGGUCGUGUCCCGUGGAGAUGGAACACCUGGGAGGUGCUGCGAUGUGUUUGAGUGUGUCAACGACCCCAUCUACCCAGUGCUCAAUUUAGCCGGCUGCUAUGUGAAUGGGCAGAUCCUGGCUCACGGAGACCAUUGGCGUGAGGACGACUGUACCUUCUGCCAGUGUGUGAGUGGAGAGGCCCGCUGUGUGGCAGCUGCCUGUGGUCACAGCUGUCUCAAUCCUGUCACUGUGCCCGGAGAGUGCUGCCCUGUGUGUGAAGCACCCACCUACAUCACGAUGGCGCCCCCUGCCUGCGGCUCUCUGGACAACUGCACACUGGGGGACAAGAGCUGUCCGUACGGCUUCCAGCUGGACUCCAGCGGCUGCAGGACGUGCAGCUGCAAGAUACGAGAGGAGUUGUGCAGUAGUCUAAUUGCCAGCUGCACUCUGAAAUGCCCUUUUGGCUUCCAGACUGACAUUCACGGCUGUGAGGUUUGCCAGUGUCGCCCACGUCACAAGAAGUGCAAAGCUGUGGCCUGUGCCAAGGACUGCCCCUUUGGCUACAUUAAGAACAAGCAUGGCUGUGACACCUGCCGUUGUAAGAAAUGCCCUGAACUGCUAUGUGACAAGUCCUGUCCAAUGGGCUUCCAGCACGAUGAGUUGGGCUGUCUGAUUUGCCAGUGUAGAGAUCAGAGCUCGUCAUCUGUGGCUCCAGCAGUGAAACUGGGCUCCUGCUUGUCUAUGGAUGGCCGCAGGCACGAGAACGGGCAGAGCUGGCAUGACGGAUGCAGGGACUGUUACUGCCAUGCUGGGAGAGAAAUGUGUGCCCUUAUUUCUUGCCCAGUUCCCCCCUGUGAUAACCCCACCAUCCGACCUGGCCACUGCUGCCCCACCUGUCCAGAAGAGUCCAGUUCCCAUAAGCCGGAGCUGAGCGAGGCGUCCGUGUGUUUGGCUCCAGGUGGAGAGUACUUUGUGGAGGGAGAGACGUGGAACAUUGACUCCUGCACUCAGUGCACCUGCCACAGUGGCCGUGUGCUCUGUGAGACGGAAGUGUGCCCACCCCUGCUCUGCCACAGUCCAAUCAGAACGCAGGAUUCCUGCUGCCCUCACUGUUCAGAUGAUCCAGUCACCCCUCAGACGCCCAGUAACGACAGCAUGCCCAGCUACUGCAGGAAUGAGGAUGGUGAUAUUUUCUUGGCCGCUGAGUCCUGGAAGCCCAACGUUUGCUCCAGCUGCGUGUGUCUAGACGGAGCUAUUAGCUGCUUCGCUGAGUCCUGCCCACCAGUCAACUGCGCCCGGCCCGUGCUCAGGAAGGGCCAGUGUUGCCCAUACUGUCUAGAUGCCACGCCGAGGGCCGUGUGUCAUUUCAACGGGAAGACGUACAUGGACGAGGAGCGAUGGGACAUUGACAGCUGCACUCACUGCUACUGCCUGCAAGGCCAGACCCUCUGCUCGACUGUCAGCUGUCCUGUCUUACCCUGCCAUCAGCCGGUCACCGUGGAGGGCAGCUGCUGCCCCAUGUGUCCAGAAAGUUACGCUCCCACAAAUGUGCCCAUCGAGAAGACGGACCAACGAGGAGACAAGCAGAGACAUCAACCAGCCUGGCCAACUCAUAGCGAAAAUGAUAUUAUGCCACAGUUCAGAGGUCUGUACCAGACAUUGCCACAAGGGGUGCUAUAG